GAUUGGUGGAGGCCCAACACAAAUAUCGGGGGCCAAAAUGGCCUGAUGAACCGCUUGUCGUUGUGUAAUUAUUACCACAGAAUACCUUUGGCUGGCCUAACAUUGUUUGGAGAUACCGGCAAUAGGCGGUCAUGUUCUCAAACCAUAGAUGGUUGAAGGGUCCGAGACUAUACAUUCUGAACGGGGGCCUGAAUCUCAAUCUCAGCGGCCGCCGACAUAUUUCUAUCUUUUCCACAUGUCAGGAAGCAUUACAUACCAGCCAUUAUCAUAUUCCUUUGUGACGAUAUACCUGACAUGUACUUGUUAAUCUUGGCCUUCUCGGCCAUAUUGUAUGGCUUUUCGAUGGCACAAUUCCAAGUCCUUGAUGCUGCAGCCAUUGCAAAUAGCACCUCAGUUUCACUUUCCGAUGCCUGUCUCAAUGCGUUGCAAGGAACAAUCAACUGCAACAGCAGUCUUGUGAACAUUGCGGCUGCGGACUCUUUCUACAGUAUCGACAAUGAUACAUAUGCCACCCUUUGCACUGAAGGCUGCGGUUCUUCCCUAAAGUCAUACCACGACGGCGUUUCUGCUGCUUGCAGCGGUCAACCUGAAGCCUGGAGCGGGUACCCGGCCACAUACUUUGGAGAUGUUUACUGGGCAACAUACAACCUUUCUUGUCUGGCAGAUCCGGGCACAGGAACAUCAUGCAUGGACUACUUCAACAACAUCUCGAUCAGUUAUUCAGACGAUAUAUCCGCAACCUCACUGCCGGAGUCGGUAUUGUGCUCGCCGUGCGUCCUGGGACUGUACCAGCUUCUUCAAAAGACACCGUAUUCAUAUUACGACUCCGACAUGGCAGCGGACUGGACGACCAUCCAGGCUCAGUGCAACGUCAGCCACCCAACAGAAGUACCACAGAAUCCCACAAAUGUCUCCAGCAUUGCUGGAUUUGCGGCUGCCAACUACUCCAGCUCGCCCUGCCUAACUGGUUCAACCUAUACUGUUAUCUCUGGAGACAAUUGUAUCAAGAUCUCUCAAGCCAACAAUGUUUCCACUGGGGCACUGAUUGCUUUGAACAGUCUACUGCCUGAUUGCUCUGAUCUUGAUGCGGGUGCCACAUUAUGUCUUCCGCAAAGCUGUGCUAUCUACACAGUCCAGGAUGGGGAUACUUGCCAGGGCAUCACAAACGCCACGGGAAUAUCGUUCGUGCAGUUUACCUCCUGGAACCCAACAAUCAACAGCUACUGCACGAACUUGAUCGCGGGACAGGAAGUUUGCGUUGGGCAGGCGGGAGCAACCUGGACUGGAACGACCAUUCCUGGUGUCUCAGCCACGCAAACCGGGGUGUAUGCCACUACCACUGCACCAGUCCCGAGUAAUCUCGCCUACGGCACGACCACUGACUGUGGUCGAUAUUACGUGGUUCAAAGCGGCGAUGACUGCAGCCUUAUUGCCCUGAACAACACCAUUUCCAUUACUCUUUUUGAGGCAAUCAAUCCAUCCGUGAAUUCCGAUUGUACUAACCUGGUACCGGGUCUGAGCUACUGCGUUUUCCCGGUUGCUAGUUGGAACAGUACCAAUGCCACUACCACUACCACAGCCAGCGCAUCUUAUGUCACAGCACCAGCACCCACCCUCAGUGGAACCACGCCCGAUUGUUACGAGUGGCAUGUUAUCGCCACUGGUGACUACUGUGCUCUUUUGGAGAGUGAAUACGGGAUCACCUUUGCGCAAUUGCAGUACUGGAACUCGAACUUGAAUUCCACCUGCGGAAAUUUGGUCCUCGGUGAUGCGUACUGUGUUGAUGGGCCAAGCAUUUCAUCCAGCACCUCCGGUAGUCUUAUUGUCUCUACCACGGCGAGUCCAACGGUGUCUAGCUCUUAGAUAAUUGUCUCGGGUAUCUAAAGAUCUAUCCGAGGAUUAGGCCGGUCAAUAAGGGGCUGGCGAUGUAUCGAUCAAAUGGCAUACGCAGACGAGUGAAUAGUCUUGAAUAAGUUGUAUUUUUCACUCU